AUGUGUAAUCAAAAGAAGUGUGAUCAAAGUAACCUAAAUAAGGAAACAAAUGAUAAUGAUAUAAAUACACUGAAGAAUGAAAAAAAAAUAAAUGAUAUAAAUAAUCAAAAGACGAAAAAUGUUGUGAAUCAUGAACAAAAUGUAAAUGAUAGUAAUAAAGAGCAAAAUGUGAACAGUAAUAAUAAUUUUAACAAUGAAAAAAAUAUAAGUGAUAUAAAUAAUUUAACAAAUGCACAAAUUACAAAUGAUUUGAAUAAUGAAAAAAAUAUAAAUGAGAAAAAUAGCAUAGAUAAUAUAUAUAGAGAUAAUAAACUAAAAGAUGAAAAACAUAAUGAUAAUGAGUAUUUUCUCAUAAAUACAGAGAUCAACGAUAGCAACAUUAAGAAUAAUUUAAUAUAUAAUGCAAAUGAAUUUAAUAUACAAAUAGAGGAAAACCAAAAUAAAUACAUAAAAAAAGAGAACAAUUAUUUAGAAAAUAUUUUGACUAAUGUAGACAAUAAAAAAAUAAUAAUUGAAAAUAACAAGCAGAUAAAUAACAAAAAUGAUAAUUUUAACUAUUUAAAAGAUAUAUUAGAACAAACAUAUAAGGUAUGCAUAGAUUUUGAUGGUUCUGAAUAUAUAUAUAUUUAUGAUAUAUGUAUAAAAAAUGAAAAUAUAGAAAAUGAAAAAAUCAAAAUUAACAGUAUUACAUAUAAUGAUAAAAAAGAGGAUAUUAUGGUAUUAAAUGUAUAUGAUAUUUAUAUGAAUUUUUUUAGUAAGAUUUCUAUGAAGAUAAACAAAAUUAAGAGGUUAUUUUCUAAUAUAAAAAUAAAAAAAAUUAAAAGCACAAUUUCAGAUAAUACUUUAAAUUUAUCAAAUGAAAUUACUAAUAUAAUAAAUAAUAAAAAAGUUAAAAUUAACAAUUUUUUAAAAAAGGAAAAUGAGGGAGACCAUUUGAGAAAUAAUGGGAGAAAUAAGACUGAUAAUAAAAUGUGUACUUUACAUUCCUUUUUUAGUGAUGAACAAAAAAUAACAUUUUUUCAAAAAAAAAAAUUUAUAGAUAAAUUAAAUUAUAUAUUUUUUAGCAUAUUCAAAAAUAAUAAAGAAUAUAAUCAUAUAAAAGAAAUUAGAAAUAAUCACAAUUUUGAAGAAAUACAUUUAGAAGAAAUAAAGAAUAAUAUGAAAAAAAGUAUUAAUGGAAGAAUAUGCAAUAUAGACAUAAAUGAUAUAAAAAUAAUAAAAAAAGGAUACACUUUUAUUUUUAUAAAGAAUGUAGAAUGGAAACUUUUUUUUUGUGUUCUUUUUUAUUUGAAGAAUAAUAAUGUAUAUAAAAAUGAUAUUAUUUUUAAACAUUAUUGCAAAAUUUAUGAUAGAGAAUAUUUUCUUAAUAUAUUGAAGUCGUCUGAUUUAAAUUCUAAUUGUUUUUUAGCAUUUUUUGAAGAUAUGAAUUUCCAUGAGGACGAAAAAAGUAAUUUAGAAUUAUGUAAACUUAUUAGAAGGAACAACUAUGAAUUAAUAUUAGAAAUUUCAAAAAGUAAAAAGUCGGAAAUUAUAAAUAGCUUUCAUUAUAUUUAUGUUGGUAAUCAUAUAAAAACAAAGAAUUAUUUGAAAAUUUAUGAUAUAAAUUAUAAUCCAUUUUGUUUAAUACCAUUUGAAUUUUUGUCAAAAGACACAAAUAAUAAUAAAAAUGUAAAUUCUUUAAGACAAAUUAAUUUUAAUUAUGGCAUUUUAAAAGAAUGGAAUAACUCUAUUUAUUUAAUAAAAGAAAAAAUAGAAUAUAGAAAUAAUAGUAUAUAUGCAAAAAAUGAAAAAAAUGAACAGCUUGAUUAUGUGAACAAAAAGCUUAAUCAAUGGAUAAAGUUAUUUAAACAAGAAAGAAAUAUUAAUAAUAUAAAAAAAUUAGCAGAUAAAAAUGAAUAA